AUGGUUCCAGAUUUUUCCCUGUCUCGAUGGCUGCAAGAUGAGGGACAGGCAGCUGGUGCAGUGUUGAGUGAUCUGUUUAUAUCAAAGUUGAUGGAAACACUUGGUUGGACUCCCUACCUUAAUAAUCCAGACUGUAGUAUGUCCAGCUAUCAACCAGCUAACGCCGACAACUGGAAAGUAGCAGACUGCCCACUACAGAUUGGUAAUAACACACUUCCGUCCCUCCGGGCGGAUCUGUCCUGUCGACUUCCCAGUCACUGUACCGGUGUAGACUGUUGUCUUGCUGUGAACUUCAUUUCCCGUAACCUCAAUGCCUAUGUGGAUCUGGACGCCUGCCACUUCACACUCAACUUUGGUAUUGAGAAACUUCAGUAUCAGAUCAUGCUCUUUACAUAUGAGUGGGGCAAACAGGAGCAUCUGUAUUUGAAUGGAGGCUUCAGGCUGGACUAUACCAUUGACAACAAUGAGGCAGAUAACACGUUCAUCUUCAGCCUAAACAUAAGUCUAUGUUUGGAAGGACUCUCCGCAGGUUGUAUGGAGCAGAUCGAAGUUUUUAAGAAUUCAGCAUUACCUAAACCAGGGUGCAACUGGGCCAUGGGUUUCAGUAUUCCAGAUUUCUCUGUGAAUGAUUGGAUCACCAACAACGGUUUGGCCGUCGGUCAGUCUCUCUCCCGUUACUAUGCGGCCAAGUUAAUGGAAUAUUUGGGCGUGUCUAAGUACAUGAUGACCACACCCUGCCAGCGAUCCAGUAGUUACUACAGCCCGUCACAGAACCACUGGAAACAAGACUGCCCCCUGGAUAUCAGUCUCCCAGACAUCACCUCUGUACCGAUGACAUGUUAUAUUCCGGACUACUGUACGGGUAUCGACUGUUGUUUGGAUGUCGACUUCCUCGGCAUGUCAUUCCGUACCUAUCUUCUCUUAGAUGGCUGUAACCUCAACUUACAAAUCGGGAUAGAACAACUUGCUCUCAACGAGUCUUUAGACAGUUACAUAUUUGGAACACCAAAACAGCUUUAUGUGGAAGGUGUCCUGAGGAUAGACUACCUGAUUGAGGACUUGACUGUAGAGAGGAAAUACAAAGUGGAUGUCAACAUAAGUAUCUGCCUGAAUGCGGACCCCAGUGUGGCCUGUCUGUAUACAGUAGAGGUGUACCGUGAUACACUUCUCCCCAAACCUCUGUGUGAUAUCAGUGGAGGCUUCUCCAUACCAGAUUUCUCACUUGUGGAAUGGUUUACGAACAGAACGAUAGCUAUUGGGACAACCCUGGCUUCAGCCGUGGCUACAGAGCUGAUGGAGGAACUUGGGAUAUCGUCGUUCCUCAACACUGACCAAUGCUCACUGUCCUCGGACACCUACGCCGACGCUGUCAAUGGAUGGACUUCUGAUUGUCCAUUUGAGAUGAGUCUGCCAUCCCUAGGAACUACAGAUAUUAGGUGUAACUUACCUAGUUACUGCUCUGGAGUACAGUGUUGUAUGCAGGUUGACUUCAUUUCCCGGAGUUUCCAUGCCUUUGCCACAAUUAACACCUGUACUCACCAACUUGAGGUUGGAAUUGAGAAGUUUGUCUUCAAUCGGAGUCUGUUCAACUAUGAGUGGGGUACAAGGGAGAAUAUCUGGUUGCUUGGAGUUGUUCGAGUAGAUUUUACCCUCACUGAGAAGACUCUGACCUCCUAUGAACUCAACAUGAACAUCAGUGUGUGUUUUGAGGCAGCAGAUAGCUGUUUGAUGAGUGAGCGUGUCUUUAUCAACACAGAAUUACCCAAGGUCUUCUGUACCUGGGGAAGCGGCCUCAUCAUCCCAGAUUUCAACCUUGAGGAAUGGGUGACAGAACAGUCUGGAGUUCUGGAGUCGGUCCUGACCAGUACACUAGCCGACACCCUAUUAGAGGUUUUAGCGGUCAAACCAUACCUGAACGAUCCCAUGUGUUCCCUCACUGACCAUAUGUAUACCCCUGCUGUUAAUGGAUUCAAAGACGAGUGUGGUGUGUCAUUGCCAAGUCUUCCAUCAGGAGUGUCUUGUCACAUUCCCACAUCAUGUUCUGGCCUAGACUGUUGUUUGAAGAUCCCUCUCAUUUCCAAGUUCAUCCACGUCUACGCCCACCUCGAUCCUUGCAGCUACAUUCUCAGGCUCGGUAUAGAGAAGCUCUCCUUCAAUAUCUCGCUUAUAGACUAUGACUUUGGACAGGAACAUACGUUCCUACUUCAGGGAGUGUUCAAAAUCAUAAUGGUGAUAGACGACCUCAAGGCGGACCGUGCCUACUUGCUGAAUGUUAAUGUGAGUGCCUGUUUCGAUACCGUUGAUGAUAGUCGAUGCCUGAAUGUGCCGGUGCUUGUCAACACAAAGUUACCCAAGUUGUUGUGUAACUGGAACCUUGGAUUCAGCAUCCCUGAUUUUGACCUCAACACCUGGCUAACUAACAGGGGUUACAACCCGGCUCAGGACCUACAGGACGCUGCUUUCAUGUACCUGAUGUUAGAGUUGGGGAUUUAUGAUUAUCUCGACGAGAGUCCAUGUGAUGCCAGUGCAUCUGGAUGGCAGUCCACAGCUUGUGGAGAGAGCCUGUCACUGCCUACACUUCCUGGGAAUAUGGCCUGUAGAAUAUCUGACCUCUGUACCGGCGUCGACUGCUGCACCAGUGUACCCAAACUGACACGGAACUUCCACUCCCACCUACUGUUGGAUGCCUGUGCCCUCAAACUCAGUAUUGGUAUAGAGAAAUUGUUCUUCAACAUUUCCUUGGUGGAUUACCAAUUUGGAAAAUCUGAUAACUUUAAUCUCUUUGGCUUGGUGAACAUAGACUUCAUCAUAGAAGACGUCGCCAGUCAGAAUCUUUUCGUCGUCAACCUGAACAUCAGUGUCUGUUAUGAUGAAACUACUGUUCCCUGUGCAAUGGAGACAGUGGUAUUCGAAGACGUCCAACUGCCGAAACCCCUGUGUAGCUAUAGCAACGGAUUCCUGGACAAAAAGAUACUGACAGAGCUAUAUUUUGCAGAUUUCUCCCUGUCCAAUUGGAUGAAUGAGAAAGAUCUGGCGUUAGGAAGUGAUUUACCGUCCUGGGCUACUGACCUUCUACUGCAGAAAAUGGGCAUAGCUGCCUUGACUGAGGAUACACCCUGUACGAUUUACUCGGGGCCGUACGGAGAUCUCCCCAACGGAUGGUCUAGUGACUGCAGCCUCUCUCUGGAUCUACCUACACUGCCUAGCUACCUCUCCUGCCACGUUCCCGACAUCUGUACCGGGGCUGUGUGCUGUGCAAGAUCCACGGUCCUAGGGCGAACCUUUAGGGCCAAUAUGAUACUGGACGCUUGUAAUUACAAGGUGACAAUCUCCGUGGAGAAACUUACAAUCAAGAAGAUACUCCUGGACUACAACUUUGGACAGUGGGAGGAGAUGGAUCUGGGUGGCCUGAUUGUCGCCAGAUACAAGAUUGAUGACAUCACUGCUGAGAAGAAAUACCUGAUGAAUCUACAGCUGAGCCUUUGUUUAGAGAGCGGAGGUGACUGUAUCUGGUCUCAUAACCUACUACAGGACACGAAGGUCUCCAAGUUAGCCUGUCACUGGGGCGACAACUUUCCAAUCCCAGGUUUCCAUAUAAAUGAUUACUUGAUCAAUCGUGGACUAGCUGGAGCUGUGUUGUCUAGUCUGGAAGGCCUACAGCUACUGGAGACAUUGGGAGUACUGGAAUACAUGCUGGAGACACCAUGUGACCGAACAGUAGCUCUGUAUACACCUCGUAAUGCACAGGGGUGGAAAUCAAUGUGUACAGACCCAGACGUUACCAUGACGACACUCCCAAGCUGGGCCUCCGCGAACUUAUACAGCAGCUGUACCGGAGUCAGUAUGUGUCUGUACCUGGACUUCCUCGACCGCACUGUGAAUGCCCAACUUGAACUGGAUGCCUGUAGCUACCAACUCCAUGUGGGGAUUGAGCGUUUCCAGUUCAGCUUCACUCUGUUUGACUUUGAAUAUGGGACAAAUCAUCGCCUGACAUUGUUUGAGAUCUUUACAUUGGAGUACAUGAUCGUUGACCUGACUGGGGAGAGGAAGUUCAUUGUGAACAUGAACAUUAGUGUGUGUUUUGAUGAUGAUCGGACUAGCUGUCAGUUCUAUGUCAGUGUCUUUGACAACACCAUCCUACCGAAGCCUGAAUGUAGCUGGUCAAGGGACUUCCUGGACAACAGUUUCAGUCUGGAGACUUGGUUGGCCACUAAUCAUUACAGUCCUGGUCAGAUCCUGUCAUCAACUGCCUUGUCCCAGCUUUUGCAGACACUUGGUCUGGGGGAGUAUUUGAAUGAUCCGCAGUGUGAUCGUUACAGUUCCCCCUUCAGUGGGGCCAUUCUGGGCUGGACUACAGAUUGUUUUGAUGUGGAUUUGCCUGAUUUACCCAGCAACCUUACCUGUCACCUUGACAGCACAUGCACCGGAAUAAAUUGCUGCGUUGAUGUGAAUUUCAUGCAGAGAAGCUUCAAUGCCUACGUCAAACUGGAACCAUGUGACUACAAGAUCAGUGUGGGGAUUGAGAAGUUACAGUUUGAGAAAAUUUUGAGGGAUUUUGAUUUUGGAGUAUGGCAGAAUGCUAAGCUGUUUGGAGUAGUAAGCUUAGAUUUCAUUGUGGAUGUAUUCCAUGCCGACAACAUCUACCUGAUCUCGAUGGACUUGAGUUUGUGUUUUGAGGCGGGACAGCCCUGUAAAUACAUUUACCCACUGUUUGUGAACACUCCCAUACCCAAACCUGUCUGUAAUUGGAACAGGGGAUUCCUAGACCCAGUAUUUUCUCUGAACCAAUGGAAAUUGAACCGAGGGAUAGGUAUUAUGGAUGCUUUGGCAUAUCAUGACGUGUCUCAGCUACUACAGGAUAUAGGGUCAUCGGAUUUGAUCAGGCAAGAGGCAUGUAGACGCUCAGAGGUCCCAUACUCUGGAGCCAACAGUCUGGGCUGGAUAGAUCAAUGUUCUGGUACGACUUCGGGCCUGCAGAGUCUGGGGUCGGGGAUGACAUGCCGGGUGGUGGACUCCUGUACAGGUGUGGACUGUUGUAUCGAUUCCGACACAUUAGGGUUCGCCAUCAAUGCCUAUAUCUAUGUGGAUGCAUGCAACUAUCGUCUCAGUAUUGGCGUGGAAUUGCUACAGCUCAACUACACUCUGGUUGACUUUGUCUAUGGUGAACAUCGCACAGUUUCACUCGUGGGAAUGGCCAAUUUAGAUUACCUGAUUGUGGACUUGGAGAGUGAAGAUUCCUUUGUUGUGUCAGUCAACAUAUCAAUCUGUUUUGAGUCGUCAGAUGCGUGCGAAGUGUCAAAAACAAUACUGGACAGUGUUAAGAUGAAGAAACCUGUUUGUAACUGGGGUACAGAUUUCCUAAUACCAGGUUUUAGUUACAAUGAUUGGCUGGACUCUCAACAAUGGCCUAUUGGUCGUCCACUAGACUCUACAAUGAUAAACCGACUGGAACACAUACUAGGCAUCGCCUACUACUAUCAGGACACUCCUUGUCAGCGCAGUGCCUAUUCACCUACCAAUACGCAGGGCUGGAAUAAAGGAUGUCAGCCGUCCGUGGACUUGCCGACCUUGGUAGAUGCGAUGACGUGUAACCUGUACGACACGAUCGACCCUAACACUGGUUGUACAUCAGUGCGUUGUUGUACAGACGUGGCUCUCAUAGGCAGGUCCAUAUACACCUACGUUACUGUUGAUCCAUGCAACUUUAAACUGACUGUGGGUAUAGAGAAGUUUACUUUGGUGAUCGGGCUUCUGGACUAUGUAUAUGGCACCAUCGGCCACACUUAUCUCCACGGAGUUAUCCGAGUCGAUUACAUGAUAGAAGAUUUGGGGUCAGAGAGGAAGUUCUUGGUGUCUCUCAACACAAGUAUCUGCUUUGAUUCUGGGUCAUGUAAUAUUACCGGUGUCAUCCUUAAUGAGGUCAAACUUCCCAAGCCAGUUUGUGAUCUGAGUGCAGGCUUUAUAGAUGAAGAUUUCUCCCUGGAACAAUGGAAGGAUGAGAAUGGUAUUGUUGGACCUGUCACCGGUUACUAUGUCAACCAGUUGAUGGAUACCCUCAAGAUCAACGACUUUCUUCUUGAUACUCCAUGUCAGAGAGCAAGUGUGCCAUACAGCUUGGCAACAAAUGGGGUUUACAAUGAAUGUGCCUCACUGACAUCUACACUGCCGACCAUCACUGAGCCAGCCUCCUGUCAUAUCCUCAGUCAUUGUACUGGUAUAUAUUGCUGUAUGGAACCUGAUGAUGUGGACACAGCCUUCCAAGCCUUUGUCGAGUUCUUCCCAUGUCAGUUUGAAAUGAAAAUGGGAAUUGAGAAACUCGUAUUCACAGUGUCCUUGUAUGACUUUGAAUUUGGAAAGGAGUACGAUUUCUACAUGUUCGGGGCUGUGAGGAUUCACUACUAUAUCAUCGAUCUGGUAGAAGCUGGUCUUUAUGUGUUCAAUGCCAGAUUCAAAGUUUGCUUUGAAGCAGAUGAUUCGAAGCCUUGUGAUGUAGAUUUUGUCCUAUUCGAUCAGUACCUUAUUCCCAAACAGGCUUGUAACUGGGCAGCCGACUUUAACGUACCUGGUUUUUCACUGAGUAGCUGGCUGGUGUCGGAGGGUGUGACUAUGUCCGUGCCGCUCCCGUCUGUUACAGUGUCAAGUCUGAUGUCCUAUCUGAAGCUGGCAGUGUACCAGUUUGACACAUCAUGUGACCAGAGUUCUGGUAUCUACCUGCCCACUACAGAUAUCUGGAAUUCAGACUGUCCAAAGUCGAUCAACCUCCCUUCAAUCUCGGACGACAUCACCUGCAAUGUCCCAGACACAUGUACCGGAGUCAACUGCUGUCUCAACGUACCGAUUUUGGACCAAACUUUCCAGCUGUCUCUCAAUCUUGACUCCUGCUACAAGAAACUACGAGUGAGCAUUGAGAAGAUCUACCUUGAGGAAUCUCUGAUUGGCUAUCCUUUUGGAACGGAGAAAUACUUCUACUUCUACGGGAUGAUCCGUAUGAUGUACAAGCUGGAGUAUAUGAUGUACGACAGAAGCUACCUGAUAUCCCUAGGGAUACAGGUGUGUCUAGAGACCGCUGGACCUUGUGCGCAGAACUUCACUCUCCUUGACAGUGUACGCUUCCCAGAACCAGACUGUACCUGGGAUGCAGAAUUCGUUAACCCAGAUUUCUCACUUAGCCAGUGGCUUCAAGAACGGUCCAUCGCCUCGGGUACGGAGCUCACCACAGUAUACGAAAGUGAACUAAUGCAGGACUUAUGGAUUGUUAGUUACUUACAGCAUCCAGCUUGUAAUGGAACAUGGCCGUUAUAUAAUCCGUCCACCAAUGGCUGGAAGUCUGAUGAUUGUAGUAGUUUGCCGGAGACGCUACCUGACCUGUCAGCCUACCCUGUUACCUGUGCCCUCCAAAGCUCCUGCACCAGUUGGAUCUGCUGUGUAGAACUGUCUUUUGUCCAGCAGAAUUUCUUGGUCCGUUUUGAUAUUCAGCCUUGUGAUCUACUGCUGUCGAUUCAGAUGGAGGACUUGGAUGUAAAGAUUCCUCUCCUCGAUGAUUUAACAGGGAGACAAAGAUCAUUCUACCUGAAUGGUGUCCUCAGAGCAGACUACACUAUAUUCAACCUGGAGAGUGAAGGGAUGUACUUGGUGAACCUUGACCUCUCUCUGUGUUUUGAGAAAAGCUCCUGUGAGUGGACAGCCCCUGUGUUAAAGAACACACCCCUGCCAAAACAGUCAUGUGAUUGGAACAGACCAAUGGCUGACCCAGGAUUCUCCCUGGCCACGUGGAAAUCGUCUGUGGGAGCGGGGACAGUUCUGACUGACGUUGAAGUGGUACGGUUAUUACACGUGCUGGAGGUCGGUUUGUACCUCUCCACUAACCCUUGUAACACAUCAGCUACACCCUACACUCCUGACGUCAAUGGCUGGAACAAAAUGCUGUGCUUUGCACAGCCACCUCUACCUGUCAUACAUGUAGCUGAUCUUGGGGAAGACCAAAUCAUUCAGAACUCCUGA